UUUAGGCUUUCAGGGUGAAUUAUGGGAUUUAUGUAGCUGUAGCUGUUUGGACUUCAGGUUAUUUUCCUGCCAGAUUUCCGCUCUGCCUGGUUGAAUAGUUUUGUUUCAGAGAAGUUUCUCCUCCUAAAAAGCUGUUUUGUAAUUUUUUUUUUUCCUUCAGCUGCAGGAUUUUUCAGUUUUUUCCUGCGAGUUGAGGGAUGUUUCUGCACAUUUCCCUCUCCCUCCUGCGGCUCGGUUUCAGAGUCGCUGCGCUUUAUUGACAGACCGCUCAGUCCAGCCGCUGAGGUCAGCCUGAUGGAAAUGAGAGGGGAGGCGGGAGGAGGGAGCCGGAGCCGGCUCCUGGCUCCUCCUCGCGGCCUCCCCUCCCCCGCCUCCUCUCCCGCUCCAGCAGGAGGUAGAGGCGCUGCGGCGCAGGCAGGCAGGCAGUUCAGGGCUUGAGCCAAAGGCGCACACACCCACCAGAGCAGGACCGCGUCCUUCAGCCGAUCCUUCCCCCACCGCAGCAGAGCGACCUCCACAAAGCCGUCCGGUUUUUCCCCUCCGCAGUCUGCAGGGAGGACUUUCUCACCCCACGCCAGCCCCCCCGCCCCCCACAUCUGCACCUCUGACCAUCACUCGCCAUGGAAACCCCGAGCCAGAAACGCCGCAGCGCCGUCUCCCCGGCACGCAUCACCCGGCUGCAGGAGAAGGAGGAGCUGUGCAACCUCAACGACCGGCUGGCCGUCUACAUCGACAAGGUGCGCUCCCUGGAGUCUGAGAACGCCUCGCUGCGGCUGCGCAUCUCCGAGUCGGAGUCGGAGGUCACACGCGACCUGUCCGGCAUCAAGACGGCGUACGAGACGGAGCUGGCCGACGCCCGCAAGACGCUGGACAUUGUGGCCAAGGAGCGGGCGCGGCUGCAGCUGGAGCUGGGCAAGAUCCGGGAGGAGCACAAGGAGCUGAAGGCCAGGAACGCCAAGAAGGAGUCGGACCUGGAGGCGGCGCUGCUGCGGCUGCGGGACCUGGAGGCCAUGCUGAACUCCAAAGACGCCGCCUACACCACCGCCCUGGGCGAGAAGCGCAACCUGGAGGCCGAGCUGAAGGAGCUGAAGGCCCAUCUGGCCAAGCUGGACGUCAGCCUUGCCGAUACGAAGAAGCAGCUGCAGGAUGAGAUGCUGCGGCGGGUGGAUGCAGAGAACCGCCUGCAGACCCUGAAGGAGGAGCUGGAGUUCCAGAAGAACAUCUACGCCGAGGAGCUGCGCGAGUCGAAGCGUCGACACGAGUCUCGCAUCGUGGAGAUCGACAGCGGCAAGCAGCAGGAGUUUGAGAGCAAGCUGGCCGACGCGCUGACCGAGCUGAGGACGCAGCACGAGGACCAGGUCCGCCUCUACAAGGAGGAGCUGGAGAAAACCUACCACUCCAAGCUGGAAAACGCCCGCCAGUCAGCGGACAGACACAACCACCUGGUGGGCGAGGCUCACGAGGAGCUGCAGCAGACCCGGGUCCGUCUGGAGGGCAUGACGGUCCAGCUGACCCAGCUGCAGAAACAGCUGGCGGCCAGCGAGGCCAGAGUCCGGGAGCUGGAGGAGUCCAUGUCGCGGGAGCGCGACGUGAUGCGGCGCCGCCUGGAGGACAAGGACCGCGACAUGGCCGAGAUCCGGGCCCGGAUGCAGCAGCAGCUGGACGAGUACCAGGAGCUGCUGGACAUCAAGCUGGCCCUGGACAUGGAGAUCAACGCGUACAGGAAGCUGCUGGAGGGAGAGGAGGAGAGGCUCCGCCUCUCCCCCAGCCCCUCCUCCACUAAGGUCACAGUGACCCGGUCCUCCGGGUCGGGCCACACCAGCCGCCUGCUCCUCUCCGCCGCCGCCUCCUCCUCUGCUGCAGCCGCCACGGCCGCCUCCAGCAGCCGCACUUCGUCCAGCGCCAGCAAGAAGCGGCGCCUGAAUGACAACGACAGCGAGACGUCCAGCAUGGUGGGCGGCACCAUCACCAAGACCCGCAUCAGCCAGCAGGCCUCCGCCAGCGGACGCAUCACCGUGGACGAGGUCGACCUGGAGGGCAAGUUCAUCCGUCUGAGCAACAAGGCGGACGAGGAUCAAUCGCUAGGCAACUGGCAGCUGAAGAGGCAAAUCGGCGGCGGCGCUCCGAUCGUCUACAAGUUCCCCAGCAAAUUCACCCUGAAGGCCGGAUCCACCGUGACGAUCUGGGCGGCUUCUGGUGGUGGAACCCACAACCCGCCCACUGAUCUGGUGUGGAAGAGCCAGGCGUCCUGGGGCAGCGGCGACCUCCUGCAGACCACGCUCAUCAACGCCGCCGGAGAGGAAAUGGCCUCCAGGAAAGUGACGCGCACCCUGUUCCAGGAUGACGAUGACGAUGACAUGGGAGCCCACAGCACCAGCGGCGCAGAGAACGAGUACAACCUGCGCAGCCGCAAGGUCGUCUGCGACUCGUGCGGCCAGACGUCGGAACGCUCCGGCGGGUUGGACGGCCUCAUCGGACAGUCCUCCUUCAUGGGAACCAACGAUCCCAGACAGGGUGGCAUGAAGCCGGAGAACUGCUCCGUCAUGUAAAAACCAAAGAGCACCUCAUCUGAACGCACCACAGAGCAGGAUCCUUUUCUACCAACAGGAUCUCUUUUUUUAUUUUUUUAUACGAUAAUUUGUUUCUCUUUUGUAUCCAGAUUAAUGUGCAGGUUGGAUCUGCUUCACGGUUUUGGGCGAUGGGCUCAGGAUGCUCAGAUUUCCUCGUGUUGAAUUCUUUUUUUUUUCCUGCAUGUCUUGUUUUGGCCUCCGCUCUGUCUGCACGCUCCGCUCCGGCCCAGUCUGAUCCGCUCCGGCCCGGUCCAGUCCAGGCUUUCCCUGCCGCCGCUGAACACACAGCUGGCGAACAAACCCCAGAGCUUUAAUAAUCAUGCUGUUUGAAGAUUUCUGUUUACACUUUGUUUGCUGGAACGGCAUCGUUUCUGUGUGUAUAUGCAACAAUCCUCCAAAGAAAAAGACUGUUGGCUCAGGUUUUUAAACAAACAUCUUGUAUAUUUGCUUUAGGCGACGUAGUCGUGCAGCUGUGGUGCGUAGAAAUUAUGAAAUUAAGCUUGCUUGCACAGAUAAAGUUCAGCUUCUAGUUUAGAGCAUCUAUAGAAGAUGGCUUGGUUUACAGAGAACGUUUAGCUCGGAUGUUUUGCUUUAUUUUAUUCCCUUUUUUCCUCUUUCUGAGCACAGCGUGGUUCAGCGGGUCCACAAGCGCUGACCAGGCAGCAGCAGGAGCAUCCGACAGUCCAGACUGGGAGGGAGGUCAGGAAAUGGAGGAAACCCUGGAGGACUGCAGCUUAAAGGAGGCUGGCUGGUGGCAUCUCACUGAUGUUGGCAGUUUUUACAACAGUUCACCUGCAUUCAAACCCACAACGUGACCCGAUCAAAUGCCACUUAAAGCUGCAGUACGCAACUUUCACUAAAAUAUGUUCUUUACGUAUUUAAUAAAAAUAUCUCCACAUCUUUACAGUUUAAUUUCAGACAGAUGAUCUGUAAAAUAAAUCUAGUUCUUCCCAGUGGUGCCAUUACACUCUGAAGAAAUCCACCACUUCUGGUCAAAACCGACCAAUCAGAGCCAGGAGGAGGGUCUUAGCGCAGUCAAUCAUCCUCAUGUACGCUGCUCAAUGUGCUAAUGGUGGGGAAAACAAUUCACUUACAGAAAAACUGUUUUUCCGCUGACUAGCUUUAGCAUUCUUUGCGGGCUAAGUUGUGGUGAACUGAGUGAUUGACGGCGCUACGUCCCGCCUCCUGGCUGUGAUUGGUUGUUUUUGCCUGAGUUUCUUCAGGUAGCACUGGGAGAAAGCAGAAGAGCUAAAAAAAA